CACGAGCACAAAAGCAACCCCAAGCGCCGUGUGACGGCGCACGGAGGAGCCUCCCGUGAAAACAGGCUGCGGCGAGGCCCCGGCAGCGGGGCUGCGGGGCUUGCGGGGCUCCCCGCGCGGCGCCGGCAGCGGGGCCGGGAGCGGGAGCGGGGCCGAGGCGGCGGCGGCGCUGCCCUUUUGGAUGCCUCCCGCAGCUCGGAGUGCUGGCAGGGCGCUGGGAGCGCCAGUGAAUGUAGCCCCGCAGAGCCAAUGAGCUGGGACCGGAUGCGAUAUAUCCUCUGGGACAACAACUGCUCUGUUCCUCCUCAGAUCCACAUGACGCCAUUUACUGCUGCUUUUGCAGAGAGAUCACCCUACCUCCUCCGGAAAGAAAAAGAGAGAGAGAGGGAGAGAGCGAGCGAGCAGAAAAACGCCGAGCCCCUACAGCUCAGAUCUCAAAUCUUCCUCCUCCUCCUCCAAACACACAACAACAACCACCACCACAAAUCCGCUGCGCUCCCAAAACAGCCCCCCCCCCCUCCCCGAUCGCAAACCACAGAGCUGCCUGCAACACACACACGCUCGCAGAGGGAGCGAGAAAGCUAGAGGGAGAGAGGGGAGAGGAGCUUGCAGCAAGCAGCUUCUCAGCAGAACGGCUACAUUGCACAAGCUGCUGCUUUUUUGGAGGAGCUCAGUGGAAGAAAGCUUUGGGAUUUUAUUUUAGAUCCACUUUAUUUUGUUUUCUUUGGCUUUGCCUUUCCUCUUGAUCAUUUGCAACAACAACAAAAAAAGUGACUUGGUAUUGGCGAUUCGGCCUCCUGUUCAUUGAGGAAAAAAAAAAAAAAAAGGAAAGUGUGUGUGUGAGAGACUGAGUGAUUUCUUUUUAGGAGCAAAGGAAACCCACCCCGAUCCGGAGAGGUGUUUUUAUUAUUAUUAUUAUUAUUAUUAUAGUAUAUACGCGCACACACGUAUUUAUAAUCGAUUUGGGGAGAGGGACCUAACUUUGCUCUGGACUUUUUUACAUGGUGAUCAUUCCUACUCUCAUUUGCAAGCUGGACUAAAGCAGGGUUUGGAAAAGAAUUUUUUUUUGCUUUAGGGCUGGAUUUAUUUGCAAACCGCAGGAAGAAGAAAAUACAAGAGAGAGAGGGGUUUGGUGCAGCGCCGCGAUCACGGAUUUCAGAUGUGUUCUAAGCCUGCCGGGGUGAGCACGCUUCCGGGCACUGAUGGAGACGAGAGCUCAGCACGGCAGCGGGUCGCAGGCCUUGCUACAGGCUCGGCGUGACAGUGGGAGACCGCACGGGGAGCCCGACCUGCGGGAUGUCCUGACGCAGCAGGUUCACGUCUUGUCGCUGGACCAGAUCAGAGCCAUCCGAAACACGAAUGAGUACACGGAGGGACCUAUGGUGGCUCCACGGCCGGGGGUCAAGUCCGCUCCUCGGCUAGCAACCCAACCCAAAAAUGAAAGGCCCCAUGGCUUGCCCGAGCAUCGUCAUUUUAGCCGGAUUCAGCACACGCAAACGCACACCUCUCCUCGGGCGCCUCUGUCCCGAUCCAUCAGCACGGUCAGCACAGGUUCGCGGAGCAGUACAAGGACAAGUACGAGCAGUAAUUCAUCCGAACAAAGACUUCUAGGAUCAUCUUCGGGGCCAGUUGCUGAUGGGAUAGUCCGAAUGCAGCCCAAGUCUGAGCUCAAGUCAAGUGAGCUGAAGCCGCUGAGCAAGGAAGACUUGGGAGCGCACAGCUACAGGUGCGAGGACUGUGGAAAGUGUAAGUGUAAGGAGUGCACUUAUCCGAGGACCCUCCCAUCGUGUUGGAUCUGUGACAAGCAGUGUCUUUGCUCAGCCCAGAACGUGGUCGAUUACGGGACUUGCGUUUGCUGCGUGAAGGGCCUCUUCUAUCACUGCUCUAACGAUGACGAGGACAACUGCGCUGACAACCCCUGCUCCUGCAGUCAGUCGCACUGCUGCACUAGAUGGUCGGCCAUGGGUGUGGUGUCCCUCUUUCUGCCUUGCUUGUGGUGUUACCUACCAGCCAAGGGUUGCCUUAAGUUGUGCCAGGGCUGUUACGACCGGGUAAAUCGGCCUGGGUGCCGCUGUAAACACUCCAACACCGUCUGCUGCAAAGUUCCCAGAAACUUUGAAAAGCCAACAUAGCAUCACUAGUCAGAAGUACUAAAGUAACAAGGAUUAUUUUAACGUACAUAUGCAACCAACUAAGCAGCUAUGGUCUUGGCACUGUAGUAGAAGGGUUGGGGAUACACUUUGCUGUUUGCAGUGAAAUGCUUUUCUGUGUGUGUGCCAUCUUAACUGAUACGCUUGUUAGAAUCCAGCUAGCGAGAUACAGGGAAGAAAAAAAAGAAAAAGGGAUGCAGUACAUUGUGACCCACAUAUUGCAUAAGCUAAAGCAACACAGACACUCCUAGGCAACUCUAUUGUUUGUGAAUAGUACUUGCAAAAUUUGUAAAUUAGCAAAUGACUCCUUUUUUUCAUUGUUUUCUGCCAGAGAUAAUGUGCUAUAUUUUUGUAUAUACAAUAAUAUUUUCAACUGUGAAAAGUUAAGUGGUGCCAUAAGACAUGGCACAGUCACAAAAUAUUAUACUAAUAUGUUGUACAUUCGGAAGAAUGUGAAUCAAUCAGUAUGUUUUUAGAUUGUAUUUUGUCUUAUGGAAACCUUCUAUUACAAGACUCUGAUUUCCCUUUGGACUUCAUGUAUAUUGUACAGUUACAGUAAAAUUCAGCCUUUAUUUUCUAAUUUUUUCAACAUAUUGUUUAGUGUAAAGAAUAUUUAUUUGAAGUUUUAUUAUUUUAUAAAAAGAAAUAUUUAUUUUAAGAGGCAUCUUACAAAUGUCACCCCUUUUUAUGAGGACGUCAUAGUUGCUGCAAAUAAGGGGUGAACGAUGCAUAUGUUCACUAUAAAAUAGAAAAUAUAUUAACGUUUGAAAUUAAA